CAAGGCCUCCCGCGUUGGUCCGACGGCGCAGCAGGAGGGACGAGCUUAUCAGUUAUCUGCCGAGAGCUGUACCAUGUGGAGCUCAAUGCCGCUAAAAAAUUAGCGGUUUAAUUGCCAUGCACGCCACUGCUGCCAGUCACGUCCAGUUUUGACUAAAGCGGAUCGCGGGAGGGGCACUUGGUCGCUCGCCGCCGCUUUUUGCUGAGGGCACCGAUGACUCUUCGCUGCUGCCGACAUGAGACUGUUCCUUGUGCUCGCGAUCGGCUUUUUAGCCACGGUCGUCGCCCGAGAAUAUGUUCAAAAGUCCAGGUCAAGCAAUUCUUCUGAAAGUGGAAGAUGGUGGCGACGAAGUGGAGGGCUGAUGGGAAAUUAUGGGGCGCGCAUCAACAAAAUCCAUCACACACCAUCUGCUGGUUUUUACCAAGCCCCAUAUUUACCCACCACUAAUGAGCCACUUGACACCACCCAAUCAACCACUUCAACCUCAACAAUCAGCUCAACCUCUACAUCCACUACUACUUCUACUACAACAACUACAACCGUCCCACCUGAAACAACCACCCUUCUCGAAGAAACAACCACCAUUGAAAUCUCCGAGGAAAUCACCACCGAGACUUCUCCCUCUCCGACAACCACAACCGAUCCUUUUGACCCUUUUGACAUGGAAGAAGUCCACCCCACCCCUUUGAAAGACAGCGUUCGAGAGCAAAUCUUUUGGAAGAUUCCACCGCCUGCAAUGUGUCCUUCUGAAUUGGACACCAACUUGUCAACGAACUUGCCUCUCUUCUGGCCGGAAACCCUCGCCUCGCAAAUGGCAUUUCCCAAUCGGCCGUGUUUGACCUCUGACAUGCUCUUUGUGACCAGGGAGUGCCUGAGGGAGGGAACAAAAGUUUUUUGGGGGAAGCCGAAUGGCACUUGUGACUCCAACGCCUUGACUCCUUCAACUGCAGUCCUUUAUAACUUUGCCAACAAAGAAACCGUGACUGCUGCUAAUGUGGCAAGCGUCACCAGAAAAUUGGCGGACACUUUGGGGCAAUCGAGGAAAGCGCCUUCUACAGCAGACGUAUUUCUGGUGGACAAUGUUCUAGGCCAAAUUUCUGAACAUUCACAUAAUUUGAAUGCAGAUAGCUUAUCGGAUGUUGCCACUGUUCUAGAUAAAGUCUCUGCUUCAACCCAGGGCAACGAUCUCGGCCGAGAAAGCCGAGCAGGGAACAUGCAAGUGGCCACAAACUCCAUUCUCAAGAAUGUUGACACAAUUUUGAGCAAAAUCCAAUUGGACAGAAGUGGAAUCGCAGUGGCCCAUUCAAGCCAGUCUUCUUUGAUGGCCGCCGACUUGGCCAAAAGUGGCAUCAAAGGGAUGCAAAUAACCAAUUCAAAAAUCGCACCUUUGAAUAAAAAUGAAGCCUCGUCAGCGUCCUCAGCCGAAUUCCUCCAGUUUUCAUCCGGCAGAGCCUCAUUCGUCCUCCUGAGCAACAACAGUGGCUUUUUCAAAGAUAAUGCUGAGGGCCAAUCUUUGAAUAGCGAAGUUCUGGGAGUCAGUCUGGACGGUCAGCAACCCUGGAGCCCACAUGGGCAAGCAGUGGUGCGCCUCAAAUUCAAGCCUGCGAUGAAGUUGCAGGGCAGGGAGGUCAAGUGCGCCUACUGGGACAUUUACCACAGCAAGUGGAAAACCGACGGCUGCCGGUUCGUGGGAAGGGAAGCAGAUUUGGACGUUUGUGAGUGCAACCACCUGACGCAUUUCGGUGAAAUCAUUGGCGUUUCGGGUGACAGCAAAGUGCUUGACAUAAUUUCCAUCGUCGGCUCUUCCUUGUCACUGAUCGGCCUGCUCGGCAUCGCAGCCACUGCCGUCGUGUUCCAACACUGGAGGUCACGCCUAGGAAACAAGAUUUUGCUAAAUUUGUCUGCUGCCAUCGGACUGACCAUGGCCGCGUUCCUUUCGAUCGCCCUGGACGCAGGCUCCGCUUCCGAAGGGUCUUGCAUCGCCCUGGGCGUGAUUCUGCACUACUCGAUCCUCGCCUCCUUCUGCUGGAUGCUGGUUUCCGCCUCUCUGCAGUUCCUGCGCUUUGUCGAAGUACUUUCCUCGCGUCCGCCGCACUUUUUGCUCAAGGGCGCCUUGUUCAGUUGGGGCCUCCCGACCAUCCCCAUCAUUGUUUUGCUGGCGAUGGGUCCGGCUAAAAGUUACCCACACACUAACAGCUCGUCUGGAUUCUGCUACCCAGUUGAACUGUCUCUGAUUCUGGCGGUGAUCAUCCCCGUCGCCUGCAUUGUGAUUGGAAAUCUUUUGGUCUUCUGCCUAAUUAUUUAUCGGGUGACUUGCGGGCGACCAAAGAACCUGUCAAUCAGCACUGAGGCCGAAAGGCAUGUGAUGGCCAUGCGGCAGCUACGAAUGAGCAUCCUCCUCUUUUUCCUGCUCGGAUUGACCUGGAUUUUUGGUCUGCUGGCAAUGGUGGCGCCCUUUGUGGCAGCCUGGCGCGUCACCUUCUCCUACCUGUUCUGCACCACGGCCACCUUGCAAGGACUGGCGCUCUUUUUGUUCUUCAUCGUUUGGGAGAAGAAGACUCGGCAGUUGUGGUUGACGACUCUGCCCGAGCGCUUCGUCCCGGCCAGACCUUCGAGACCGACAACAUCCAGCACGGCCUUCAGUGACAGCAGCUCCCAGGCAACAUCGAGAGCCAGGGAUGAAAUUGCCCCUCUCAGACAAAGAGCCUCUGAUCUUUCCGAACAAGAGAUUCGGAGGAACAUCACGAUGAACAGAAGCACUAACGGGAGCAGCAGACCAAGAAAAUGAACAUUCCGACUUUAUUUAUAUAUUUUAAGUGAUCUGAUCAAACCAACGAUACAACGUAAUUCAAGACUUGCAAUCUAUAAAUAAAUAUUUAAAAUAU